AUGCUGAUUAUCUUGCAAGAGUUGAUGCACCGCACGUUUGUCGAGAUUGAGGGUCGCGCUCCAAAGCGACACGAGAUACCAAAACCAUGCGACCACUUCGACUUGAUCGCCGGCACGGGUACAGGCGGCCUGAUCGCCAUCAUGCUGGGCCGCUUGCGACUGGAUAUUGAGACAUGCAAAGACGUCUAUGUACGCAUGACGCGACGAGUCUUCGAGACGGACAAGACCAUCGCCGGCAUUCCCUACCGAUCCACUCUCUUUAAAGCCAGCAAACUCGAAGAAGCCAUAAGAGAUUGCGUAAGAGAACACACAAUAUACGAUGACGAGGGCAACGACUCUAAGGAUGCUGUUUCCUCAUCGUCACGCCAAAGUCUACAGGUCGCCCGUCCUGCUCGUUCUAUCAGCGUUGCCAGCAGACACAGCACCAUCGGUAUGACCCCAGUAGACCCUCGCAGCUCUAUCGGUGUCUCAAGAUGGGGCGACCCCAACGCCUUACUCUACGACAGUCGAGAGAACAGGACCAAGACUGCCGUGACUGCUGUUUAUCGUGGCACCCCUAAGGGUGGAAAGCCCGCGCUUUUGCGCUCAUACGACUCGCGUAAGGAGCCUUCGCCUGAGUACAACUGCUAUAUCUGGCAAGCUGGACGAGCCACUUCGGCUACUGCACUUGCCUUCAAGCCUAUUCAAAUUGGUCAGAGCACUUUCCUCGAUGAGGGUGCCGGGAAAUACAAUCCGAGUCCCCAGAUUCUCGAUGAAGCCGUGUGCAACGAAUGGCCCGGGAGAGAAGUAGGUGUCUUCCUCAGUAUCGGAACCGGCAAACGUCCUCCCGGCACAAACAAUCGUCAGCAUGAGUGGUGGGAGGGCUUUAUUGGUGGAGGCAUGGGUGAUUUUGCCGAAGCCCGCCGUAGGCUGAUCGCAAAGAUUGAAGGUUGCGAGGAGAUACAUCAGUAUAUGAUUGAUGAAUAUCUGUCGAAACGCCAAGUCAACCGCCAAAACUACUACCGACUCAACGUUGAGAUUGGUGUUGGAGAGUAUGGCAUGAAUGAGUGGAACAGACUUGGAGACAUCAGCACAAGCACCCGCAUGUACCUUGCUCGUCCUGAUGUUCAGGCACAAAACUUCGACGCUGCCGCAAAACUUGCCAAGGUCUUCUUCAGCAAGAACCGCCACGAACGACAACCGUCCUGGGAUGGUCAAGAAAUCAUCAACACCUCAUUUUCUCGGCAAAAUGCUCCUCUUCCUGCCAUCCCCCUCCCUAGCAAUCCUCUUGCUGUCGAACUUCCAGCCGACAAUGUUUUCCCAUCUCAACCAUAUCAGCAACGCCCACCGACAUCACAACCGCCAUUGCGUCACUCUUCUAUUUCCGACAUGAAAUAUACGGUUAUACCUGACGAUCAGUGGCCUCAAUCCGAGCCGGUAAGGACACCAACUAGUGCCACACGUCCUUCGCCUCCACCAGGUGCCUAUCGACCUUCGAUGGAAUCCAUGCACCGUUCUAGCGGUUCGUUGAGCCAACACCGGCCAGAAUCUCAGGACAGCGGUACAGCAGCAUAUGCGCCUCCUUUGCCUCCCAAAACACCUCUUCCAUAUCCUGAUAAUGUCGCGCCGCUCAGUCCCACGGUUGCAAGCCCGACUUUCGGAAAUCCAAUGAGGCAUUCUUCACAUAAUGGAGGGUCAUUCAACGUCGCACCAUUACGACAAGCUCUGCCGCCAUACCCGGAUACAGAUGGUCCUCCACCCAUAGUCAACAUCGCACGUAAGCCUGAAUAUACUGGAGGUCCUCGCUACUAG